CUCCAGUGAGAGUGGCUCAGGGCGGCGGCGGCACCGCCCCAGCUGCCCGUGCAUUGGUCCCGGCUCGGCUGCCUCGCUGUCGGCUCCCCGUUAUUGGUGCAUCCGGCCGCCGCCUGCGCUGGAUGCUGCUGCCUCGGCAUCCGUGCUCUACAUCUACAUAGGAGCUCCGGCUGUCGUUGGCUUGCGGGCUGCGCUUAAACGUGGCGGAGAACAGCAUUUCCGAGCGGAUUAAGGACAAUGGCUGCUAAUUCAGCAACAGUGCGGAUCCUCAUCAAAGGUGGGAAGGUGGUCAAUGAUGACUUCACUCAGGAGGCGGACGUCUACAUCGAGAACGGCAUCAUCCAGCAGGUGGGCCGGGAGCUGAUGAUUCCUGGCGGGGCAAAGGUCAUAGAUGCCACAGGCAAGCUGGUGAUCCCGGGCGGCAUCGACACCAGCACACACCUACAGCAGACCUUCAUGAAUGCCACCUCUGUGGACGACUUCUACAGUGGCACCAAGGCGGCCUUGGCAGGAGGCACGACCAUGGUCAUCGGCCACGUCCUGCCAGAGAAGGACGCCUCUCUGCUGGAGGCCUACGAGAAGUGCCGCGCCCUGGCCGACCCCAUGGCCUGCUGCGACUAUGCCCUGCACGUUGGCGUCACCUGGUGGGGGCCAAAGGUACACGCCGAGAUGGAGACGCUGGUGCGCGAGAAAGGUGUCAACUCCUUCCAGAUGUUCAUGUCCUACAAGGACAUGCUGAUGCUGAGGGACUGCGAGCUGUACCAGGUCUUCCAGACGUGCAAGGACAUCGGGGCGGUGGCCCGUGUCCAUGCCGAAAACGGGGAGCUGGUGGCUGAGGGUGCAAAGGAGGCUCUGGACCUGGGCAUUAGCGGUCCAGAGGGCAUCGAGAUCAGCCGGCCAGAGGAGCUGGAGGCGGAGGCUACGCACCGAGCCAUCACCAUUGCCAACAGAGCUCACUGCCCCAUCUACCUGGUCAAUGUGUCCAGUAUGUCAGCGGGGGAUGUUGUGGCCACAGCCAAGAUGCAGGGUAAGGUGGUCCACGCAGAGACGACCACGGCCCAUGCGGUCCUCAACGGUCUGCACUACUACCACCAGGACUGGUCACAUGCUGCUGCCUAUGUCACUGUGCCCCCACUGCGCCUGGACCCCAACACGCCAAACUACCUGAUGGGUCUGCUGGGAAAUGAUACUCUGAACGUAGUGGCCUCAGACCACCGUCCCUUCACCACCAAGCAGAAGGCUAUGGGCAAAGAGGACUUCACUAAGAUCCCACAUGGCGUGCCCGGGGUGCAGGAUCGGAUGAGUGUGGUCUGGGAGCGGGGUGUGGUCGGAGGCAAGAUGGACGAGAACCGCUUUGUGGCUGUGACAAGCUCUAAUGCCGCCAAGAUCUACAACCUUUACCCCAGGAAGGGCAGGAUUAUCCCAGGAGCUGAUGCUGACGUAGUCGUCUGGGACCCUGAUGCAACCAGGACUAUCUCUGUGAGCACUCAGCAGCAGGGAGGGGACUUCAACUUGUACGAGAGCUUGCGCUGUCACGGCGUGCCGCUGGUCACCAUCAGCCGUGGCCGGGUGGUGUGUGAGAACGGCGUCUUCAUGUGUGCCGAGGGCUCUGGGAAAUUCUACCCCCUCAGGACUUUCCCCGACUUCCUCUACAAGAAGAUGAUCCAGAGGGAAAAGUGUCAGGUCCUGAAAGCUGUGGACCGAGCUCCCUAUACCGGCGAUGUUGCCAUAGUGCAUAACUCUGGGAAAAAGGAGACAGGAGCCCCAGACGGGGACACCCCCACCCGACCCUGUACCCGACAUGGGGGCAUGAGGGACCUACACGAGUCCAGCUUCAGUCUGUCUGGGUCCCAGGUGGAUGAUCACGUUCCAAAGAGGUCUUCAGCCAGGAUUCUGGCUCCCCCCGGUGGCCGGUCCAGUGGCAUCUGGUAACCAAGGAAACAACCACAGCGGGGGACCAAGCCGCAAGACUUGGAGUUCAGUACAGUGCUACUAUGAUACAACACAAACACAUCAGUCUUCAGUAAAUUAAUGUCCAACCAGAAAAAACUGCACUGAUUUUGUUUUGAAAAACGCUAUAAUCUCUGAAACACAUUUUAUGAAGGAAAGAAAAUUGCACCAUUUCCUGAGAAGGUUUUACAAUGAAUUUUACAUUUUACCCACCAAUGUGGUCUUAGAGAAAAGGCUCGUUAUGAAAUUGGACUUUUUCAUGGAUGCUGAGCAUAUGUGAAUGAUAAAACCAGUACAGUUUUUGUUGGUUUGGUGUUGGCUGGGGUAAUUUAUCGAUACUAGGAACAGACAAAAUGCAUAGAUAUGUCUAGAUGUAGGGUAGUCAUGAUGCGAUGUGAUUUCUGUUAUGGUGUCUUCUUGGGUACAUAUGAAAAAGUAAAACCCUCCGACUUAUUUAUCUGUCAUCUGUAAGGAGUUUCAGCCAAGGAACCUGGAUCCUCUAAUGAAGUCCCUCAAGCCCCCUUGCUUUGAUGUGAGCAUCCAGCUUCCUGUUGAGUUGCACGUUGCCGUUCUUUAAUAUGACGUCCUGUAGUUAUACUGCACACCCAUAACCACUGGACUCACUAUGUAUUUAAAGUCUCCUGAGGCACCCGAACUUAAUAUUGUGUUAAUUUUUUGAAGCCCAAGAGAAACAAAAUCCAAAGGCUUCAAUACAUUUUUCUAUAUAAUUUUAGCAGGUCCAUUCUGUACUUGUCACCACGACUUAGUCUGUUAUCUGACUUUGGAGAAAACACAAAUUGGUCCAUAUACGCUGUAGGGCAUGUGGUUUUAGGCAGGAUCAGCAGCCAUGUUUACAGACAACACACUCCCAUUUUUCCCCUCCAUUGGGAGUUCCCGAAGCAGGUCCAUGUCAUGUGACUGGGGUGACACCUUCCUUUGACGGCCAUCUGUCUUGCUUUGUACAUCCUUGGAUGUGACUUGCACGUCUUCAGCUGAUUUCCCUGUUUGAUUGUCUCGGCUUGGGUCAUGGAAAACAAUGUUUUUGCUUUCUGUUGGCUGUAAAAGUGAUAUUUGCUGAUGUUCCGUUUGAGUUACGUCUCAGGUUAGUCACACAGCGUAAUACUGCCUCCACCACAUGCCGAGCUCGACGGACACCUUGGAAAUGGAUGUGGCAAAUCUCUGAGGGCAUUUAGUUGUCGCCCUACGCUGGAGGUAUAGCAGGCAGGUAAAUGCACAGGCAAAAAUGCAGCUACACGGCUAUCCAGCACCACUUUAUGUCCUCCAUAUGAUUACAUAUCUUUUCCGAAAAAGUAGAGCAAUACAGAUGCAGUGACCUGAAUCCUUUAAACAGUUUUAAGUGACGUUAGCAGUGAAUCACAGUGCGUUUCCAGAUCCUUCACCUCACACACACGCACACAGAGACUAUAUUCCGUUGGAUGGGGUCUGUGUUGUAUGCAGUCUGUGGUCUAGGUGCUUAAGUGUUAGGAUUCAAACUGCCACCAGAAUGUUCCAGUACUACAACAUCUUUGGUCACAUGACCGGCCUAUUUAUUAUAAUUUAUUUUUUUUUUAAUGGGGGUGACUGUUCUGUUACCAGGAUCUGUUCUGCAGUCAGUGGGGGAAGGUGGAUGUGUAACCCACACCUUGUUCUGUUUUCCAAAGCUGACAGCAUGUUAUUAUGAGACCUGCAUGAACGGCAUGACAACAGAGAGGGCUCCGGGGGAGGGGCGGGAACAGCGUAGGCAAGCCAGGGAGCAUGAUCACCGCAUUACUGAACGCUAACAUUUUAAAGAGAAAUGGCUUUUAGCCAGAGCCCUGGUCACAUGUCACCUGAAAAGAUCCUUUUCACGUAUUCCCAGUUUAUCCAUAAUGUUAUUUAAAGUGCUUUAAGCCUUUGUUAUGACUUGUGAGUAUCAAUAAAGGUGUAUAUGAUCAAAAGGACUGGGAAUGCCUCUGUUUGAGGUGGAAGCAGCUUCGCCUCCUAUUCACACGGUCUCAUUUGGAGGCUUACGUCAUGCUUUUUGUCUGACGUCAUCUCGUGACGCCUCCAUGCUGCUUUGGGGGGGGGAGUUCAGUAGAGGUUCCUCUGAUGCCCUUUCACUGUCACCACAACGCACAGCAAGAAAAUGUGCACGGGCAUAAAAUGUUUCAACUGGUGCUGGAAGAUUUUUAAAAGAACAUUUUUAAUUGCCGCAGUUUGUUUUAUUUUUGUAGUUAUUUUUUCAAAAAGGCACUUUGUGAAAAGGUUUGUGAUUGUAUGUAUCUGUAGAGACUUGUGUUGAAAGGUGAACUUUACGUACUGGUUUGUUUCUUAUCACCGAAUGAGUAUGAAAUAAACCACCGAAUUCUCAAAA